ACCACGGUUUUUAUCAUAUAAACUAUAUCGUUAUCACACUCAUCAAGAUAAUUAUUUUAUAUUUUUAUACCAUUUGUGCGAAUAAAAAGCACAGAAAAGUAAAAAAAAAAGGUAAAACAAUCUCGUUGUUUAAGAUAAGACAACGUUUUGAUAGGUGCAGCACCAGAGCAAGGUGUAAUCUACGACCGUGUACGAGCACGACACUUUGAAGGAACAUGAGGAAAUUCUACCGAAGCGACGACCAUGAUUACGAUUCACGAUAUCUACCCGGCUACCUACCGAUAAUGAUUUUAUUGUGAAAUAAUUUUUAAAUGCCUAACAAUAUAAUUCUAUAGCAAAAUGUUCAUUAAAAGUAUUAGAUAGUAUUUAAUUAUGAAAAUUACGAGUGUAAUGAUUCUAGUCAAAAUAACCUCAGUGAUACAACUACAAUCUUAGUAAUAAUAAUGAAUUUAAAUUUUUUACUAUUUUGAUAUACCUAACAAAAAAAAACACAAUGUGUUUGGUGCUCAAGUACGUAUUUAUACUUUUAUGGUUUAUAUAUACAUUCGCUUCCAUUUUACUGCUCUUCAGCAAAGGAUUAUUACUGCACAGAGAUGUGUUGCCUAAUAAAUCCAUUUGCGAAAAUCACGAUGAUCCUCUUCAAAAAUUGACUCAAAAUUGCACAAAAACUGAUACAAAAGUGGUAAUGAUAAUUAUUGAUGCUCUACGCUAUGAUUUUGUUGUUCGUUCUGAGCAAGACACCCCUUAUACAAAUAAACUCACAGUAUUCAAAGACAUAUUAGCCAGUUAUCCUAGUCAGUCGAGAUUAUAUAAAUUCAUGGCUGAUCCUCCAACUACAACUAUGCAAAGAUUGACUGCCUUGACUACUGGUAGUCUGCCUACUUUUAUAGAUGUUGGUUCAAAUUUUGCAUCCGAAGAAUUAAUGGAAGAUAAUGUAAUUGAUCAAUUAGUGAAUAAUGGAAAAAAAAUUGUCUUUAUGGGUGAUGAUACAUGGGCAAAUUUGUUUCCAAAAAGGUUUUAUCGGAAUUAUACAUAUCCAAGUUUUAAUGUUUGGGAUUUAGAUACUGUAGACGAAGGAAUCAAGACAAAUUUAUAUCCAGAAAUUGUGAAAGAUGACUGGGAUGUUUUAAUAGCUCAUUUUUUAGGAGUUGAUCAUUGUGGUCAUAGAUAUGGACCAAAUCAUAAAGAAAUGGAAAGGAAGCUUAAAGAAAUAAAUAUAAUUCUAAGGUAAGAAGUUUUUCUUAUUAUCAUUGGUAAGUGCCUUGGUAUAUUAUAGAAUAAUUAUAUUUAUGUAUGUUUCAGGGAUAUUCUAAAAGAAAUUCUUGGACGUGAAAAUAUUAUGUUUUUUGUUUUUGGUGAUCAUGGUAUGACAUCAACUGGUAUGAUCAACUAAUGUUUCAACUAAUAUAUAUUUUUUAAUAAAAUGUGUAGGAUUUAACCAAUUAAUAUUAAAGACAAUUAUUUGGUUUUUAGGUGAUCACGGAGGAGAAUCUGAAAAUGAACUAACAUCUGCUCUCUUUGUAUUGUCAUCUUCCCGAGAAUUACUACCAAAAACAGAAAGUGAAAUUAAACAAGUUGAUUUGGUACCUACUAUAGCAACAUUAAUGGGUAUUCCUAUUCCUUUCUCAAAUAUUGGCUCUCUUAUUAAAUCAGCUUUGCCUCAAAACAUACAUUUAGUUAAUAGUAUUUGGAGGAAUGCAAAGCAGAUAAAUGACUAUCUAACAACAUAUUCAUUACAAAAUGAUGAGCUUAAUGACAAGCAUAUUAAUUUUAUUCAAGACACAUUUAAAAUGUUAGAUAUUCAAUAUAACACUAAUACAUUUGUUAAAAGUUGUGAAAAUUUUAUGCAACUUAGUAGAAAAGCUUGUGAAGAAGUUUGGAUACGUUUUGAUGAAAGUUCUAUUUAUAAAGGUUUAGUAUUAAUGUUUGUAUCAUUAUACUUCAGUUUUUUACUAGUAGGUUCAUCUGCUUUAGAUCAUUAUGAUAAAAUUACUGGCAAACAAGUGCUCAUUGUAUUUUCUAUAAUUUUUCCAUUGAAUUUAAUUGCAUUUAUAUUUUACUUUUAUAACAUAAUUCAUAUAACCGUAGUUCUUUUUAUAACUGGUUUUAUAGGUACUAUUUUUCUUGCUAUUUUUUGUGUGGCCUGUUGGUCAACAUUAACUCAAGAUUUUCUUAAUUCCAAUAAACCUGAUAAAAUACUUAUGCGGGUAUUUACUGUAUUAACUACUCUAGGAUUUUUUUCAAAUAGUUAUAUUAUUGAAGAAUCAUAUGUACUACAUUCAUCAUUUGUUCUAUUAUUGUGGUAUUUAGUUGUCAAAUUUAAAAUAGAAAACAAAAAAACAUGGUUUCGUAAUAAAAUAAAAAAUAAAAACUUUUCAUUUAAACACUGGAUUACAUCUUUGAAUUGUAAAGUUGUAUGGUGUUCAAUUAUUCUGUGUGGUAUAUUACGUUAUUCUCAUUCAUUUUGGCAAUGCCGUGAAGAACAAGGAUGGUGUUUUGAAGAUGGAGCUCAAACCAAAACUGGAAGUUCAGUAUUACCUAUAAUUAUUACAGUCUUUUCUGUAACAGUUGUUCAUAAGUCAUUAAAAUGUUCAGGAAAUCUGACUGGAUGUUCUUUUAAUGUUUAUUUAUCUUCAAUUUUGCCAAAAAUAUUUACUGUACUGUUGUGUGUUCAUUGGAUAUUUGAUUCUUCAUUUCAACGUGGCAAGCAUACAAUACCAUAUGUGGCUUAUAUACCAAAUGUUAUUAUAAUACUAACAAUCAUACUUAUAAUUACAUUAUUUGUCAGCCCAUUACUUAUUCAUUAUGUAGACAUAAAUGAAGGAAAAGUUAAACAAUCAGAAAACCUGUACGAAAUGUUUCUAAGGAUGGCCAAAAAUAUAGUAAAAAUGCAAUUGGGUCCAACUAUUAAAGGUUAUCCCAUAGUAUAUGGCCUUGCUACUGUAUACAGUGCAACAUUUUUAAUAUUUUCCACAUUAUUAUCAAUAUUUGGAGGACUAUUAUUUGGACACAUAUAUGCAGUGCCUGCAGUUAUUAUGAUUAUUUCUAUUUGGUUAAUGGCCAUGAUAGUUUCAGUCGUAAGACAUAAUCAGUGUACCAAAAUCAGUUAGUAUCAAUAUGUAUUUUAGUAUAGAUUGUUCAAUAUGUAUAAAAUAUUAAUUAUUCUACUCUUUAUUCUAUAAAAUAAUGUAUUAGCUUUGUAUACAUAAUGAACAUUCUAUGUAUAUGAAUAUAAAUGUUAGUAGAAAACAUAUAAAACAUAUUAAGAACAUUAUUUAUUUUACAGGUGAAUUAUAUACUGUUAACUGGUUGUAUGUUUUAUUAUGGACUUUAUCGUCAUCAUAUUGGUUCUAUGGUACUGGACAUAAUCCUUCUUUUCCUUCAAUACAUUGGAAUGCUGCAUUUGUCAUGCAGAUAGAAGUAGAAAAAAAUACAUGGAUUCCAGGAUUUUUUAUUUUAGCAAAUACGUUUUUUUCACAGGCUGUUCAUGCUUUUUUAUUGCCGGUGAGUUGUAAAAAUAAGUAGAGAAAAAUCUUCUAAGAUAUUACACCCAUGGGACUGAAGUAUGGCUGCCAUUUAUUUGAGACUAAAAAUAUACAUUCAAUUUUAGGAGAAACGCACCCUUCCGAAAUAUUUUUUGAUUAGUUAUUUAGAUUGUUUUAGUGUAUUUUAUCGAUCUAAAUAUUAGUAGAUUAUAAUACAAAUUAUUAUUGCUAAAUUAUGCCUCUCGCUCAAUUUUUCUUCUUCUGGCAAUGGUAUUAAUAGGUUAGAUAUGCUCGCUUCAACUACUAAAUUAAUACUACUCAAAUUAAUUCAUUUAAGGAUUAUAUCUAUUUUGAUAAUUUCAAUUAUUUAUGUACAGUGUCCAUGCUUGAAAAAACAAAAACUUUCCCUUUUCUCCUUACUUCAGAGGAUGCUAUAACCGCAUUUGUGCUGUCAGUCCAACUAUCAGACAAUAUAGUAGACAUUACUAUACCAGACUAUGUCAGGUAGAUAUUACCUGACGUAGUCUGCAUAGAACUUGCCUAAUUUUGGUUUUAGAGUAAAAGCACCUAAUAUAAAAUUAAAAAAGGGCAAUAUUCCAGAGGGCAGGAUCAUGUGUUUUUCCUAUUGUUCUAAUUAUUAUUCCGAUUAUAACAUUCAAUUCAUCAUUUGGAAAUAAAAACAAAUUCAUCGUUUUUAAAUGGCUAACAUAUUAAAAAAGAAACACACACACACCUCUGGAUUGUUGUCCUCUUUUAAUUUUUUAUUAAGUGCUUUUACUAUAAAACCAGAAAUAAACGAGUUCUACACAGAUCGUGUAAGGCAGAUUUUGCUAUAUCGCCUGUUAUUAUAGCUGGAGUGACAUAGCAAAUACGGGUAUAGCUUCUUCUUAACAAACUAAAACAGGCGAAAUAACAUAGUAAGAGUUGCGUUGCUUUGUAUCAAGGCCAUGGUUAAGCUACUAAUAAUAUAAAAAUAAAAAUAUAUAUGCCAAACAACUGACCUGAAAUAAAAUAAUAAUUAUUGUUAAUAUAUUCUUCACUCUAAAAUAAUAAUAAUACAGGGUGAUUUUUUAUCAUGAAUCAGCAAUUAUCUCAGAGGAUUUUGAGUGAAUUUUAUUUCUGUUUUUUCUAACCAUUAUGGAAUCAUUUAAGCUUUAUUUUAAAACCAUUUUUAAUUUUUACCCCUACUUACCACAUACCUUAAAUAAGUGCAUACUUUUGAUUUUCAAAUAGGAACCCCCCCUUUUGAACACAGAUUUAAAUAGAGAAUAUUUUUCUAAAAAUUUUGAUAUGCAUAACACUAAUAUCAGAUUUAUCGUUUAUGAGUUAUAACAGUUUAAAGUUUAGACCGGAGGAGUAGAGAUGGGUCAUAGAUAGGCAAUUUAUAUCUAGAAAAAUAUUCUCUAUUUAAAUCUGUGUUCAAAAGGGGAGGGGUCCUAUUUGAAAAUUGCUGAUUCAUGAUAAAAAAAUCACUUUGUAUUAUUUUUAGGUGUAUAAUAGUUAUUGCUUGCAUAUGUUUAAUUAUGCUAUCAAUCAAUAGUGUCAACUAAGAGGGAGUUUACAAAUAGUUGUAUUAAUUGUAUAAGUACAGUUAUUAAUUCCUUAAAAAUCAUAUAUUUAUUAAGAUUUAAAAAAUAAUAAUAAAAACUUCUAAAAAAGUGACUUACACAUCAGCAGUAUCAACUUUUUUUCUUAAAAAAUGCAUUUGUGUAAUUAGAAAUUCAAUUUUUGAACAUUUGAGUGUGGCACUCGUGAAGACAUUUUAAUUUUAAAGUCUUGUUUAAUUGUGUUGUCUCCCUAUCUAAUCAUAUAGAUAUAUUCUAAAUUUCAGAUAGAUAUCUGUUAUAUAUUUGAUGGUUCUUACAAUACUUACAUUCAUACAAAUCCUUACUUUUAUUAUAAACUAUAAUUUAAAGUAUACAUAUUUUUUUAUUAAUAAUAUUGUACAUUUUUAAAAAUAUAUAAUAUUUGUGUUACAGCUGUUAUUAAUUUGUCCAUUUGCCAUAAAUGGUGCUUGGUCAGGAAAAUCAAUGCCUUCCAAAGAUGAAGAUGAACAGACUAUGGCCAGGGGUGAGCUAUUAUUAGCUGAGAAAUCUAGACUAAUGAUACAUGGUGCAUUUGAUUUAACUGCUAAGUAUAUCCUUGCUAAUUGUUUUAGGGUAGGUAUUUAUUAUUAGUGUAUUCAAAAAACUGAAUUGUUAAAUAAUUACCAUGUCUCAUGUUUUGUUUAACAUUAGAUGGCUAUGGUUAUGGCAGCUGCAACUAUUCAUUCACGCCAUUUGAUGAUGUGGAAGAUAUUUGCUCCGAAAUUAAUAUUUGAAGGAAUAGCACUAUUUAUUACAUUACCAUUUUCUUUUUUUGGGUUUAUUUUAAUGUAUCGUGUUACUCAACACAUAAAUGUGCUAUUUGAAAGAAUUAUGUCACAACACUCAAAUUAUGGUCGAAAUUAAUUAUUCAUUUAUAGAUUAAUCAUUUAUAGUAUUUUUAUGACUGUUUAAAUAUUUAGUUUUUUUUAAACUAAAAAAAUAAUUUUUGAAACUAUAGUUUAAACAAUUCUCAGAUAUUUUAAGAGUUCAGUUUUCUAUUAAUUAGACAUUCAUUCGUGCCUAUAUGCUUUAUAUUUCAAAAAUACACAUUUCAUUUUUCAUUUACGAAUAUUUUUUUAAAUUAAUUACUUAAUAUUUUGUUAAGCUUACAGUUAAUGAAAUUACACUUGUAUUUAUUUUAUUUGUGUAAUUUUUUUUUUUUAUGUUUGAUUUAUUUUUAAUAUUUAAGCAAUGACUGAUUGUAUGUAGAUAAAAUUAAAGUCUCUUUAAAUAGUUAUUUAUGCAUUGUGGUUUUAACCAAUUAGAAAAAUGAUAAAUAAAUAUAUGCUGUAACAUCAUUCAUUGUAAUACUAUAAUAAACUUCCC